UUCCGAGUGGAAUCCGUCUGGUUGGAAACUCAAAACUUGAAAAGGAUUUCUCCAAAGGGUCACCUCUCUUAAGUUAACAAGGACUGGCAGGUGUCAACAGAAAACCAUGUCAGAGGUGAAACACAGGAAACCUCGCUCAAAUUUCUCUAAAACAGCACCACCUGGUGGCACCAGAUCUACCCCAUCUGCAGGAAAAAAAGGGAUGACUCCUUCAGCAGUUAAUACCAAGGAGAAGAUGUCAAAGAAACAGGAAGAUGGUGAAACCUGGACUUCCUGGCUAAAUCUUGGAGCCUGCCUGGUGACAAUGGUUUACUGUGGGUACAGACACGCAGAACUGAUGUACACAAUUCAUGAAAACAACAUGUGGUUCACCAACAUAAAGGAGGUGGAGAGAGAGAUUUCAUUUCGAACGGAAUCCGGACUGUAUUAUUCUUAUUAUAAACAAAUGGUGCAGGCCCCCUCUAUUUCACAGGGCCUGCAUUCCUUGAUUCAUGACAACAUUACUGAACAUCCAGACACAAUUAAUGUCCUAGAAAGAAUGAACAUAUACCAGGAGGUUGUCCUCAGUAUUCUAUAUAGAGUGUUACCUAUAAAGAACUGGGUCCAACCAAUUUUUUUCUACAUCAACUCAGUGUUUGCUCUCCAUGCCAUGUUGGUAUGGGCGUUGUUCCUGACGGCUUACUUCUUAAGUGGGUCAUGGCUAGCUGGCAUCCUUACAGCUUGUUUCUACACAUUUAACAAGGUAGACACUACUAGAGUGGAGUAUAUAAUUCCCCUUAGGGAGAGCUUUUCUCUCCCCUUCAUCUGGGUACAGAUAGCAGCCACAACAUACUACUUUAGACAUAACUGUUCUCCAAAGAAAGAGAAGUUGUCUGUGAUGAUUAUCUUCAUCUCCACUCUGUGUUUCUCCCUUUGCUGGCAGUUUAACCAGUUUGUACUGUUACUUCAAGCCUUCACUUUAUUUGGAACCUGGAUCUUGGAUAUGGUGCCUUCCAGAAAGAUUCAGAUGCUGUUUAUCGCUCAGGGUACCUCUUUACUUUUGACUUGCUUCCUGCAGUUCUUCAACAAAAUGAUCCUAGGGUCUUUAGUCAUGAGUUUUAUUCCUUCUGCCCUUCUACUUAUCUAUCUUAAGGGAGAUGAGCUGAAGCCAUGCAGUGUUCCUAGUCGAAUCAUUAAGGUGUUUGGUUACUCUCUGACAGUUCUAGUCUCCAUGAUACUGUUACAGAAUUUAUUUAAGUUAAUACUUGGGAUUGAUGCAGAUGAUCAUAUCUACAAAUUUAUCAUGUCAAAAUUUAAUGUUGGUCAUGCAAGGGACUUUGAUGCCCUCUUGUACCUGUGUAUUGAUGCCUUUGGCUUCCUCCAGUUUGAUACAUUUGAGAGACUAACACAAGGAGUUGUCUUCCCCUUAUAUGUUGUCACACAUCUAGGAAUGUUAAUCAUUUUAUUUAUAGCAGUUUUACAGAACUGGAGCAACCAUGUACAUGACACCAAUGUCAAAGAUCACACAAGUGCCAAAAAAAUCCAUCUUCUGAGUUGUCGUCCAGAACUAGCCUACCAUGCAGUAUUAGCAGUUUUCUUUGGGAUGCUGGGGAUGUCUACAUUACGUAUGAAGUACCUGUGGACUCCGUACAUGUGUAUCCUGGGGAGUGUGGGAAUCUGUGAUUAUAAAGUAUGGAGGACACUGUUGUCUCCCCUCAAAACACAGGGAAUUAUAGUUCAGAUAGUCAGGCACUUUAUGACUCUGUUGACUUUAACCAUUUUAUUGGCAAUAGCACUUUCACCUCUAUUGAAAGAAUUAGAGGAAUUAAAAGAGUUUUGGGAUCCAGAUACUGUAGAACUCAUGGAGUGGAUUAAGUCCAAUGUGCCAAAAGGUGCAGCGUUUACAGGCAGUAUGCAGCUGUUAGCAGGGGUCAAACUAUGUACAGGUCGACCAAUCACUAACCAUCCACAUUACGAGGACAAAUAUCUCAGAUUUAAAACCAAAGAGCUUUACCAAAUAUAUGGGAGAAGAACACCCAAAGAUGUCCAUGACAUUCUAAAAAAGUACAAAUCAAGUUAUAUCAUAUUAGAGGAUAGUAUUUGUUUAGCACCUUCUAAGGGAUGUCGGACACCUGAUAUUGUAGAUAUUGACAAUGGAGUGAUCCCAGAUCAUGGGAAGGCGGAACCAGGAUUAGUCAAAAGCAACAUUCCUAGAUUUUGUGAUGAAAUACGAUAUGAAUCUCCAGCAUAUACAAAAUAUUUCAAACUUGUGUUCAGUAAUCGGACAUUCCGUGUCCACAAAGUAUUAUAAAAUCUACAAUACUUUUAAAAUAUAUUCAGUUAUUACCUUUUUUACUCUCUCCCAGUUUUCCUUUUCUGUCCCUGUAUUGAUUU